GGCUUUUAGACCGUUUUCUGACGUAGCGAAUCGACUACUCUGACCCCGGUUUCCCCGGAGUCUUAAGGCAUCGACGACCACGGUUCACACAUUCUCUGCGAUCGCAGUUAGAAGCAAUCACACGCCCAUUUACAAUAAAUUGACGAUACUUUGCGCCGGAGCGGGGAGUCGCAACGACUCGGACAACCCCUCGUUGCGACACUAGCCCGGUGCAGAUAUAGAGGGAAGACGGAGGGGGCAGCCCGCGCGACGAUUGUCGCAACAAGGAAAACAAUCAGGAGGUAGCAUUGAAGCCGAUUGAGCUUUGGAAGGGGCAGCAGACCGCAUGCUGUCGCCUACAUCGCUAUCAUGCCGCAAGCCGCAUCAUGGGUCGGUACUCCGUCGAUCAAGGGUCGCACGGAGGCGACGCGCAUGGCGCUGUUGACCUUCAGUCUGCUUGGAUUGCAAUUUACGUGGGGCGUUGAAAUGACCUACUGUACGCCUUACCUUCUUCAGCUUGGUUUGACGAAAUCACGAACAUCUCUCGUAUGGAUCGCCGGUCCGUUGUCCGGCCUGAUUAUGCAGCCCGUUGUGGGUGUUAUCGCCGACCGCUCGCGCUCAAAAUGGGGAAGACGUAGGCCGUUCAUGGUCGGUGGUUCACUGGUGGUGGCCGCGUGCUUAUUGGUACUGGGCUGGACGUCGGAAAUCGUCGGUGCGUUCGUGGCAGACGAAGAGAGGAAAAAGACCUUUACAGUUGCGGUUGCGGUUCUGAGCAUCUACGCAGUCGACUUCACGAUCAAUGUUGUCCAAGCAUGCUGUCGAAGCUUAAUUGUCGACACACUACCAAUCCCGCAACAGCAGACUGGAUCCGCGUGGGCCAGCAGAAUGGCUGCCGUUGGCCAGCUGAUCGGAUAUACAAUCGGUUCCAUCGACAUCGUCAGCAUCUUCGGAACCACUUUCGGCAAUACGCAGUUUAAGCAAAUGACUGUAAUUGCCGGGUUAUCAGUGAUCUUUUCUGUCGCUGUCACCUCUUACUCGGUCCGCGAGAGAGUCUUGGUCUCUGCUAGGGGUUCCGGUGGCAAGUCAGGUGCCAUCCAGGUCCUGUCGCAACUUUUCAGGACGGCUCUCGAUCUGCCUCCUCGGAUCCAGGCCAUCUGCUGGGCUCAAUUCUGGGCAUGGAUCGGGUGGUUUCCAUUCCUAUUCUACAGUACGACGUGGGUAGGAGAGACAUACUUCCGAUACGAAGCGCCCAAGGCAGCAGCUGAAUCAAAGGAUACUCUGGGUGAUGUCGGCCGUCUCGGAUCUCUCUCUCUGGUGAUAUUCUCUGCCAUCACUUGUGUCAGCUCAGUGGUACUUCCCUUCUUGGUUCGAGCUCCAGAUAACAAGAAAUCGGACUUUACGCCGCGGCCUCAUCCUGGAAUAGCCGCGUUUCUUCGCAAGAUCACGAAAGUGCAGCCGGAUCUACAGAAAGCAUGGCUGAUAUCGCAUCUCAUCUUCGCGGCCACCAUGAUUUUCGCCCCCCUGGCGCGUUCUGUCAAGGUUGCUACUUUCUUGGUCGCCGUGUGUGGCAUCCCAUGGGCCGUCAGCGGGUGGGCACCGUUCGCUUUCAUGGGCGUCGAGAUCAAUCGCCUCGCAAUGGGUCCAUCCUACAGCGCACCGCCCAGUACCACGAUGAUCACCUCCGCGACUUAUCGACGAAUGAACCCGGACCGUGACGUGGAAAUGGACGUUCUCCGUCUCAACCACCGCGAAGCAGAUACAGACAGCGACAGCGACGAUGAAGGGACCGGCUCCGAAGUUGCGUCCACGGGCGAAUUGGCUGGUAUCUAUCUGGGUGUCCUGAACGUCUACACUACUAUGCCGCAAUUUGUCGGUACCUUUAUCAGUUGGAUCGUCUUCAGCAUUUUCGAGCCUGGCGUGGCCGAUCCCAACAUCAUCGAUAAUGCCGCCAAGGAAGCUCAGAGAGCGCCCCAGGAGGCUCGGGACACUAAAUGGAUGAACCUCAACUCGGACACUCCCAAUGGCAUCGGUAUAUGUCUUUUCAUCGGGGCCCUGAGCGCUUUGGUGGCAGCAGAAGCCACGAGACGCUUGAGGUAUGUGCGGUAGUAGCACUCCUUUUUUUUUUUCUUGAUUACAGGGCCAGCACGCGCCCAGCGUUUCAUGAGCUCUAGUAAUGCCGGCCAGCACUUUGUUUGGGUUUGAGCACCUAGCCCCUUUUUAAUCUAUACCCAUUAUGUUUCUCGUCAUGUCGCCUACGACUGCAAGCGCAUUGAUUGCACC